AUGUCCAGUGGUUCAAAUUCGCAUGGUUCCUCUGCUAGAUCCAGCAGACAGUAUCGCCCUCGACAGAGGCGUGGUAGCAGACCUGUUUACAAUUACGAGGGAGGAGCUCGUUACUGUAAAUGUGCGUUUUCUGUCAAAGCUCCGAUUUGGGUGUCAUGGACGAGGGAAAAUCCAGGAAGACGAUUUUAUGGGUGUAGGAAAGGUGCGAUUGGCUGUGGAUUCUUUGAUUGGUAUGAUGAAGAACCCUUUACGAGUCGAUCGAAGGAAGUCAUUAAUGAACUGUUAGAUGAGAUUGAUGAAAUUGUAAUGGGUCAUGAGAAUUUCAACUACCUUGAAGAUAGGGAAGACCAGAGAUCUGCAGAAAUGAGAAACUCAUAUGAAUUCAUGGUCAAAUUGGCUAGAGAGGAGGGGCAAAAAUACAAGAACAGGUUCUGGUGUGUUGCUGCUGGCUUUGUGUUAGUGUUGAUGGUUUUAAUUCUUGUAAUUGUAGCUGUUAGAUGA